AUGUCCGCCAUCCAAGCCCCAGUCGCCUACAAAGAGCGUAACGGCCCCGCCAUCCCACGGCGGAAAUCCUGUCGAGCAUGCGCCAAAGCCAAACGGCGCUGCGAUCUCAUACUGCCGGUAUGCUCACGAUGCAGUCAACGACGACUGAAUUGUGAAUAUCCUUUACUCCUAGAAGCUUCAAGACUCCCCUUUUCGUUGGGGUCGGCGCCGGAUUUCAACACUUUCGAUAUCCUUCAACCUGUAGCAACUGCGACUCUAUAUCAACAGCCGCCUCCGCCGAUACCAUAUGUAUCGGUAAUACCUUCAUCAUCUUACCGGAAAUCUCAUAGGACUAGCAAGAAAUUAUUGUCGCCUCCACUUAGCGUCAAGCCACUGUUUACAUCGGGCAUGUCCUCCCGGCUGCAGAUUACAUUGGAUGUGCUCCAGAAUGCGCAUCGGACCAUGGUGCUGGAGAAUCAGACGCCGUGGUGUCAUCCAUUGCUCUACAAAAAUGGGUUGCCGAGGGUUAUGCAGGAUGCGUAUGCAUGUUGCUCAUUGUAUAUGAACAGGAAUGCAACUAAUUCCAAAACUGUAUUGUCGAUUAUUGAAAACCGUGUGGCGGAGUUGUUGGCAGCAGACCAAUCAAGUGAUGCCUGGGACUGUCUUGCGCGCUUACAAGCCCUCAUAUUGCAUCAGACAAUAAGAAUCUUUGAUGACGACGCUUCGGCUCUUGUAGCUGCAGAGGUCACAAUGCCUGCAUUGCGAACUACAUUGACUCACUUUGUGGAAAACGUGUCCCUGGAAGAUACCCUGUUGUGUAUUAGCGGGCUGCCUAUAAACCGUCUCAUUGAGGAUCCGUCGGCUUCAUCACCAGACUACUGGCAUAACUGGAUCUUUGAAGAAUCCGCGCGUCGCACAUUGUUCCUCUCAUAUCUGCUAAUCAGAAUAUGGGAAGUCUCCCAACACAUGAAUAAUCAACAAAAUAUACAAACCGCAAAGUCUCAAAGAACCGUUGAAAAGAAACAACUCACCUGCGACGGCCGCCUCGGUCUUUCUAACAGCUGGUGGUACUGGUACCUAUCCGCGCAUUUAUGGGAAGCGCCGACACGGUAUGAUUUUGCUCUAGCCUAUGCAGAGAAGAAUCGGUUCGUGAUUAAGGAUCUGGAUUUUAGUGAGUUUUUGGCGCUGGGGCAGCCGGAGGAUGUGGACUUGUUGGGGAAGAUGGCUUUGUCGGCGCUGAUGGGGAAUGAGGCGUUGCAGGAGUGGUGUUUUGAGAGGGGGGGCGAGACGUUGACGGGGCCUGCGUCGUUGUAA